CCGGAAGUUGUCGGGGGGGAGGCGGAAGUGAAAGCGGGGAGGCGGUUGGGCCCAUUAAAGCCGACCGAGGCGAGCGGGGGGGUGGCAGCGAGUCUCGGGCGGGCGCCGCGGCACACGCACCAGUGUAAAAGAUGACUUCUAGGAAGAAAGUGUUACUGAAAGUCAUCAUCCUUGGAGACUCUGGGGUGGGAAAGACAUCGCUCAUGAACCAGUAUGUGAACAAGAAAUUCAGUAACCAGUACAAGGCUACGAUAGGCGCAGACUUCCUGACAAAAGAGGUCAUGGUGGAUGACAGGCUAGUGACAAUGCAGAUAUGGGAUACAGCAGGACAAGAACGAUUUCAGUCUCUGGGAGUUGCCUUCUACAGGGGAGCGGACUGCUGUGUGCUGGUGUUUGAUGUCACGGCCCCCAACACAUUCAAAACCCUAGACAGCUGGAGGGACGAAUUCCUCAUUCAGGCCAGUCCAAGGGAUCCUGAGAACUUUCCUUUUGUUGUGCUGGGAAACAAGAUUGACCUAGAAAACAGACAAGUCACCACAAAACGGGCGCAAGCCUGGUGCUACAGUAAAAACAACAUCCCCUACUUUGAAACCAGUGCCAAGGAGGCCAUUAAUGUGGAACAAGCUUUCCAGACGAUUGCACGAAAUGCACUUAAACAGGAAACCGAAGUGGAGCUUUACAACGAAUUCCCCGAACCCAUCAAACUAGACAAGAAUGACCGAGUGAAGGCUUCUGCGGAGAGCUGCAGCUGCUGAGGGGAGAGGGAGGGGUUGAGCACAGUCCUUCACAAACGAAUAUCACACUUAGGCCUUCAAACACACAGCCCCUCUUCUGUGUUUAAAAUGAAAUUUUAAAAAAAAAAAUAAUAAUUUCCAUCUCCAGCUGCCAAAAUCCACCCAAUCUCCCAUGAGCAUCUGUGAGUCCCGCACUUCAGAGCUCACGUCCCUGCACCAUCCACAUCACACGUCAUGGUAACAGACCUUUCUCUUAGUUUAAAAUGGAAACUCUUAUGUAUGUUUGGAACUGAAUCUAAUUCCAGGUGUCCAAUGGAGAGAAACUGUUUACAGGUAAAUCUGUGUAACAAGUUACAUACAUUUUUAACUGUCUCGUGUUUUCCCCUGUGAAGGCUGCAACUGGAAAGGCUGAUUACCCAUAGUUUCAUUGCAAGCUCAGCACUCAGUCCAACUAGGUUGAGUUUUGUAUGUAUCUCUGUUAAUGCUUGUUACUUUUAACUAAUCAGAUCUUUUUACAGUAUCCAUGUAUUAUGUAAUGCUUCUUUAGGAAAAAAAUCUUAUAGUACAUGUUAAUAUAUGCAACCAAUUAAAAAAAUGUAUAAAUUAGUGUAAAAUUCCUGAAUUUACAUGUUCAAGUACUGAAACACAGAUUGUGUAGAAAGUGAGGAGGACACUUGUGAACUGCAGCGUGUUGCUACAACACAAAGUCCAGAUAGAGGCAGUAUUCUGUACAGUAGAGAUGAACUAUGUAAAGCCUUCUUGUUUUGACGCCAAAAAGGCUUCAUCUUCUGGAAAAUCUGUCUGGCUUCCUUGUAUCUAAAUUCUCAGAUUUGCAUAACAGCAUUGAUAUGCACACUGGAUUAUUGGAUUUAAAAUUAAAUACUGCUAUGAAAUGACCUCAUUUGUUCACCUCCCCUACUGCUUAACUCCUAACAUCCUGGAGCGAGUGUGAGAAGGAGCCAGAGCUGAGGUGUCCCGGUGGCUCUCUGUGCUGUGGAAGGAGCUCCUCUCCCACCUGGGUUGCGGUAGCUGUUUCUCGAUGAAUGACCUGGACUAUGAAUCUUCCCUUUCUUCUUACUGACUGCUAAUCUGGAUUUUUGGUAUGGAAAAUCUUGGCAAUCUAGUCCCUUUCCUCUCUUCCUUUCUUCCUGGUAUUUGUUCUUGCGUUUGUAGCUUGCUUAAAUGGAGCCCCUCUACCUGUUUUCCAGAGGUCUACAUUCUAGUACGUAGGCUGAGCUCUUAUGUAAAGAGACAAACAUGAUGCCAAUAAACUUAACAAGAACAAACCUUCUUGUUUA